GGCGAGGGGCAGCCCCGCUCCAGCGGCGCAGGGGCGGCCGGAGCCCGGCCCCUUUUCCCGGGGCCGACUGCGGGCCCGGCAGCCGCGGCCAGGGAUGAAGCAGGCGCUGGGGGACGACACCGAGGAUGUGUCCCUGGAUUUCGGGAGCGAGGAGGAGCUGGCGCUGCGGAAAGCGCGGAUCAGGCACCCACUGGCCACCUUUUUCCACCUGUUUUUCCGAGUGAGUGCUAUUGUUACCUACUUGUUCUGUGACUGGUUCAGCAACAGCUUUGUUGCCUGUUUUGUCACUAUUCUCCUCCUUCUAUCCUUUGAUUUUUGGUCUGUCAAGAAUGUGACAGGAAGACUCUUGGUUGGUUUGCGUUGGUGGAACCAGAUUGAUGAAGAUGGAAAAAGUCACUGGGUGUUUGAAGCAAAAAGGAUGCCUACAAUAGCUGCCUCAACUGAAGCUGAAGCCCGGAUCUUUUGGCUCGGUCUCAUCAUCUGCCCAGUGAUUUGGACAAUGUUUUUUUUCAGCACUUUGUUCUCCUUGAAGCUGAAAUGGCUGGCUCUGGUGAUUGCUGGCAUCUCCCUCCAGACUGCUAAUUUAUAUGGCUACAUCCACUGCAAGUUAGAGGGACAAAAGACCAUCAGCAGAGUAACCUCAAGGUUGUUUGGCACCACAGAUGUUCCCAAGAGACAGAGCAGGAGAAUUUCAGAAGAUGGCACUGAAGAACAUGGGAAGACAGGCACUAGGUAACCAAACAAGGAAGAGCUAAAGGAUGAGCAAUAAAAAAAGUCAGUCAUGAAAGUUAUUCUUCACGGGAAGAUAUUUAGAUAAAGCUCUUCUAAAAUUAUGCCUGCAUGAAAUAAAGUACUUUGUGUUUUGAGUCUUUAGAUCCUGGAAGGUUUAAAGCCUUUGUUACUUAAAGCUUCACCAAAAAGUUGUUUGUGUGAGCACAGACAGUGCUCAAGGUUUACAGGAAGCACGCUGCUUUCAGAAAAGUUGUCAACUAACCUCAAACUGUUGGAUUAUCUUAACCAGGAAUUACAUGUAAGGAAAAGACAAUGCUAAUUUGUUUAACUUUAGAACAACAAUAAAAUAAUCAAAAUGC